AUGAGGGAGACGGCCCUGAAAUCUCUGGGAAAUGAAGGCCUUUUCCUCUUCUCUUCCUUGGAUACUAACAACGACCUGUUCAUCAGUCCAGAGGAGUUCAAGCCAAUUGCAGAGAAGCUAACUGGCAUUGUUCCGGCUGCUAGCGCUGAGGAGGAAGAGGUGCUGGAUCCCAGUGGAGAAACCAUCUCAGUCUUGGCCAGAUUCCAGCCCCUGCUGAUGGAAACCAUGACAAAAAGCAAGGACGGCUUCCUUGGUGUUUCUCACCUUGCCCUUUCUGGGCUUCGCAACUGGACGGCUCCAGCAUCUCCUGUGAGUGUGAUGUUUGCCCGGCAAUUCAAGGCUUUCCUUCCACCAAAGAACAAGGUGGAACUGGGUGAUCCAUGGUGGGUCAUUCCUAGUGAACUCAACAUCUUUACAGGGUAUCUUCCCAACAAUCGCUUUUACCCUCCGGCUCCCAAAGGCAAAGAGAUUUUAAUUCACAAACUCUUGAGUAUGUUCCACCCCCGGCCUUUUGUGAAAACUCGCUUUGCUCCUCAAGGAACCGUAGCCUGCAUCCAAGCUGUUGCUGAUUUCUACUAUAAGAUUGCUUUCAGGAUCCAUGCAGAGUUCCAACUGAACGAACCCCCAGAUUUCCCAUUCUGGUUUUCACCUGCUCAGUUUACAGGCUACAUUGUUCUCUCCAAGGAUUCCUCCCACGUUCGAGAAUUCAAGCUAUUUGUCCCUAACAACAGGUCUCUCAAUGUGGACAUGGAGUGGCUCUACGGAGCCCUUGAGAGCAGCAACAUGGAGGUGGAUAUAGGAUACUUACCUCAGAUGGAGCUAGAAUCUCUGGGGCCGUCCAUCCCUUCCGUGAUUCAUGAUGAAAACGGGAAUGUGAUUGACAGCAGAGAAGGGGAACCCAUUCAGUUCAUCUUUGAAGACAUCGCCUGGCAGGGAGAAAUAAGCUGGGAAGAGGCAGUCAGCAAACUGGAAGUGGCCAUGUAUCCCUUUAAGAAAGUUUCCUACCUUCCUUUUACACAAGCUUUUGAGCGAGCAAAAUCAGAGAACAAACUCGUCCACUCUAUCCUGUUGUGGGGUGCGCUAGAUGAUCAGUCAUGCUGAGGCUCAGGGCGAACUCUCCGGGAAACCGUCCUGGAAAGUUCGCCCAUCCUCACUUUUCUGAAUGAAAGUUUUAUCAAUAGCUGGUCGCUGGUGAAGGAACUGGAGGAUUUACAGGCGAAGAGAGAGGAUGAGAUCAACAGCAAACUGGCAGGUCUCCAUCUUGAAAAGUAUAACUUCCCAGUGGAGAUCAUGAUCUGCCUGCCCAAUGGCACCGUGGUCCAUCACAUCAAUGCCAACUAUUUUCUGGAUAUUACUUCUAUGAAGCCCGAAGAAGUUGAGAGCAGCAUCUUUAGUUUUUCUGCCAGUUUUGAAGAUCCCUCAACAGCAACCUACCUCCAGUUCCUUAAAGAAGGACUUCAGAAAGCAAAACCAUUCUUGCAGACCUAAACUGCAAAUCAGAUCAAUGUUGUACUGUUGUGAAGCACCAAAGAUGCAGACGUUUUUCUUUCUGGCGCUUACUAAGCUCAGCCAUGACAGUGUUGAGUCAUAAAGUGCUUUACUAGGAAUGAAAGGGCUCCCAACAAGGAAAUGCCGCUUGAAAAAAAAAACAGCUGUAACAUCUGUUACUACACAUAUUAUUUUCAGGGUACUUCCAAAGAAGCUGGACGUAUGCUUCUCUUACUGGCAAGUUGUGAAGCGUCUGAAAGAAGUUGUCGGGUGUCCAGCAAGAGGUUGGGAAUAGUUCAGCAGAAAAGUUGGGGUUCCUAGUGUGAUGUCAGGCUGUAAAGAUCAGUCUCAAGCAAAGUCCAAAUGGCCCGGAGGUGGUUUCCUUUAGUAAAAGGUUUUGCUGUGUAGCAUUCUUGAAUGGGAUACUGUUCUUUUGCAGCUGGUCUGGAGUUUGACUCCUAAAUUGCUAGUGUGCAGUUGACCUUUUAAGCUAUAACACACCCUUUGGCUCCAAGUGACCUCAACAGGUCACAGUUGCCUUCAAGAUCAGAGCUAUAGUGAGUGACCCAAGGCAAGACCUGGUUGUGUGUUACACUCUCCCUGGUAUCUGUGGACAGCUUAGAUCCAGGCUACUGCACAAAUGCAAGACACAAAAAAGUGAUCUUUUGUCCAACCAUUUCUGAAUUUCCAGCCUGGCCUGCUAUAGUUUUCCUCCUCUGUAUGUCCAGUUGUUCUUUAAGGGAAGGGAUGAUUUAACCUGGGAGAACCCAAUCAAUCCUUUUAUAGUUAAGAAUCAGCUCUUAGCUCAGUCAAGGAGAAUAUCCCUUGUUACUUUUUGAAAGCACAUACUGGAUAAGUGCAAUCACAAUGAUCAUGUCGCUGCCAAAGUCAAGUAAUAUUUAAAGGUGAUUUUACAGGACUAAUUGUCUUAUAGAAAAAUUGCUCUCAGUUACAACCCUGUAUCUCACCACUCCACAAUCCUGGGAUUUCUCUUAGCCUUAGGUCAAAUCAUCCUGCGAUUAUUUCUUUGUCAUGUAAUGCUGUCCAUAUUAAUGUUUUAAUUCCUGUUUUCAAAUAGCUCAUUAAGCACAAAAAAGAGGGAAAUUUACAUUGUCAAGAGUAGACGAAUCAAAAAAAUGAAUCAACACUUCAUAGAAUACGAUAUUUAGAUCUGCUGCAUUAUGGCAAUCUUUCUCAAACUUAUUUAACUGAUUGUUUCCACCUUUUGAAGUUACACCUAACCUCUGGUUCUCCUGACACAGCACUAACAGUUUAUUCCGCCAUUGAAUAUGCAGAGAUUCUCAAGUAAACUGAUCUCUUAAUCCAAUUUUUGCCAACGAAAAUAACAGGAGCGUUCUGCCUCUCCUAAUGCAACACCCAGGGGGCUAUAGUUAGAACCAAGAGAAAGCUCUUCCAUUGUUUUGUUUUGUUUUUUUCUUACCAGAUUGGGUUGAGAAAUUGUUGCUCAGCAGUGGAAUAUGUAUGUAGAGAAUAGGCAGAAGGACAGUGCCUUGCGUCUCUAGCUGGAAAGGAUGUCAAUUAGCAGUUGAUGUGAAGAAACGUCUUUGCCUUAGAAAAGGAUACUAGGAAGUGUAAUUUUUUUAAAGGUUUUUUUUUCCUUUUAAAAACUCUUCCUUUGAGAACCUAGAGAGUCAAGUCACCAUCAGAGUGGACAGUACUAAGCUAAACAGACAAAUGGUUUUACCUGGUAUAAGCUAGCUUCCUAUCAUUGAGGGUCUUUUACCAGGAGUCAUUCAUCUUGAAGUCUCAGCUGGCAUUAAUUGUUUUGUUUUUCUUUGUCCUUGUUUUUGUUGGAAGAUUCUUGUUCUUUUAAGGUCUUUAUGAUCUUCAGAUUGAGAAUCCUAGUCCACUCUGUCUAGGGCCAAACAGUGGAGGAAUGCCCAUCCAGCAUGAAGGAAGCAUAGAGAUACAGAUGAUAAGAAACGAGCAGGCAGAGGUGGGAAGCUCAGAUAGCCCAAGACUAAAGGUUGGUCAACGUGGAGUACAUGGAGCGAGGCAGGAAGGAUACUCGGCCAUUUAGAACUGCCUCGUGUGCUGUUUAGACGGGGUACGCACUAAACAGUUUAUAUGUCCCUAUAAAGCACUCCUACAUGCAUAUGGAAGAUGCAUUUUACUGACACUUCCAUCAUACAGAUAUAUGCAUGUCAAGGUGCUGAAAUGGGCCACAGCCUCCUUUCCAUAUGAUGAAACAGUGAUGCCCAUAGUAGUGGAUGCAGAUUUGUGGAUGCUGGAAUUAUGGGGUUCUUGCCUUUGUAGGGAAAACAAGAUUUAGAGAGGACGGAGCCACAGAUUGGGGGAAUGAGAGCCCGUCAUUCUAAACAGACAGCAGCAGUCCGAAAGGGCAGUCUUGAAAGACACUAAGAUGGUACGGAUGAAGUUAGUACCUAUAAUCUUAGAACAGCAAGGCUUGAAGGGGAACCGAUGGAUCAUCAAGUCCAGCCCCAGUCAAGAAGGCCUGGUG